AUGGGCAUUACACAAAACAAACUUCUCACCGUCGUCAAGGAUCUCUCUCUCGAGAAAUUACAAUCUGGUCUCUCCAUUGAAGAAGCUGAAAAGUUGUGGAACGAAGCAGACACCAAUAAGGAUGGAAUUUUGAGUGAAAAGGAAGCCAAAGAACUUCUCAAAGAUUUGAAUUCAUCUGUAAUGAACAAGAUUAAACAAUCCUUGCAAAAAUUGGAAGAGUAUUUGCAAUCAGAAGAAUUGUUGAAAGAAUGGAUGAGUGAUUGUGAUGAAAAUAAGGAUGGAAAGAUUACGAAAGAGGAAUUUAUGAAGGUUCUCACAACAGGACAUGCCAUUGAUAAGAUUCCAAAGAUUUUGUUGGAAGGAGUUCAUGACAUUGAAGAGCAAGAUAAGAAGAGAAAAUUGAGUCAAUGUUUGGGUGAGGAUAAGGCUGCUGAAGAGGAAGAAGAGGAACCCAAUACAAAGAAGAAUGCAAAGAAGGUUAAAACAAAGAAGGUUAAAACAAUCUGA